AUGUCUGACGUAGGUGAACAGGCAGAUGGAAGCAAAAUAUUACAGGGGAAGUCAUUCGCUCGUGAAUUCUUGCAGACAAAAUAUUUACAAGAUCGACAUACGUCUUCUUCCAUUGAUCCUUCGCAGGCUAGCACCACACCAGGUGCUGCACCAGCCGCUGCCACAGAGGCCGUGCUUGUUCACUCUGUUUCUAUUACUAUGCCAGAUACAACGGUGACAGUGGAACGUUACAUGAGUUGCUGGAAGAGUAGGUUUCCAGGCUACAAGCAUUGGGGAACUGAAUACUAG